AUGGACAGUAUUUCAGUAGAUCAGGACCAGUUCAGCUGUCCAGUCUGUCUGGAUCUGCUGAAGGAUCCAGUGACAACUCCUUGUGGACACAGUUACUGUAUGGUGUGUAUUAAUAAACACUGGAAUGAAGAAAAUCAGAGGAGGGUCUACAGCUGCCCCCAGUGCAGAGAGACCUUCACUCCAAGGCCUGUUUUACGCAGAAACAACAUGCUGGCUGAAGUGGUGGAGGAACUGAAGAAGACAGAACUCCAAGCUGCUCCUCCUGCUCUCUGUUACGCUGGACCUGGAGAUGUGGAGUGUGAUUUCUGCACUGGGAGAAAACUCAAAGCCAUCAAGUCCUGUUUGGUGUGUCUGGCUUCUUAUUGUGAGACUCAUCUUAAUCCUCACUAUCAGUCUCCUGCCUUUAAGAAGCACAAGCUGGUCGAAGCUUCUACACGACUGCAAGAAAGAAUCUGCUCACAACAUAAUAGAAGGAUCGAGAUCUACUGCCGUACUGACCAAAGCUGCAUCUGUUAUUUGUGUAUGAUGCAUGAACACAUAGGCCACGAUACAGUUGAAGCCGCAGCAGAAAGAAAUGAGAAAGAGAAUCAGCUGAAGGAGGUUCAGAGGAAAUCCCAGUGGAGACUCCAGGAGAAAGAGAAGAAGCUGCAGGAGGUGAAACAGGCUGUGAAGACUCUUAAGAGCUCUGCACAGGCAGCAGUGGAGGACAGUGAGAGGAUCUUUACUGAGCUGAUCGGCUCCAUUGAGAAAAAGCGCUCUGAGGUAACAGAGCUGAUCAGAGCUCAGGAGGAGGCUGAACUGAGUGGAGCUGAAGAACUCCUGGAGCAACUGGAGCAGGAGAUUGCUGAUCUAAAGAGGAGAGACACUGAGCUGGAGCAGCUUUCAUACACAGAGGAUCACAUCCAUUUCCUGCAGAGUUUCCAGUCUCUAUGUGUCCCUUCUGGAUCUGAGGACUCACCCAGCAUCACUGUCCAUCAACAUCUCUCAUUUGAUGGAGUGAAGAAAUCUCUCUCUGAUCUGAAAGAGAGACUAGAGGAAUUCUGCAAGCAGGAGUUCAUUAAAAUCUCUCCACAUGUUCACUCUGCAGCAGUUCAGAUGAUUUUACCCUCAGAGCCAAAAACCAGAGCAGAUUUUCUACAGUAUUUCUGUCGUCUGACUCUGGAUCCCAACACAGUGAAUCAUCAACUCAGUCUGUCUGAGCAGAACAGAGUGGUGAAGUACAGGGGAGGAGAGCAGCAUUACUCCAAUAAACCAGAGAGAUUUGAGUACUGGAGGCAGGUGCUGAGUAAGGAGAGUGUGAGUGGACGCUGUUACUGGGAGGUUGAGUGGAGCGGCCAGGAAUGGGAUCCACUUUUGGGUUGGGUGUCCAUAUCAGUGUCAUAUAAAGGGAUCAGCAGGAAAGAACGGGGAAGUGAGUGCAGGUUUGGAUGCAACAAUCAGUCCUGGAGUCUGGAGUGUUCUGACACUCUCACUUUCUGGCAAAACAACAUUAAGACUGAGCUCUCAGCUCCACCAUCCUCCAGAAUAGGAGUGUAUGUGGAUCACAGUGCAGGAACUCUGUCCUUCUACAGCGUCUCUGACACAAUGACCCUCCUACACACAGUCCACACCACAUUCACUCAGCCUCUCUAUGCUGGGUUUGAGGUUGGUCUGAUAUCAUCAGUUAAAUUGUGCGAUUCAGUAAUGAAAUACAGAUAA